UGGCCGGUGCUGACGCCUCGUCCCGCAGACGCCCCGUGGUGCGGGCACUGCAAAGCGCUGGCGCCCGAGUACGCGAAGGCGGCGGCAAAGCUGAAGGCGGAGGGCUCGGAGAUCCGGCUGGCCAAGGUGGAUGCCACAGAGGAGUCAGAGCUGGCGCAGGAGUUUGGUGUGCGUGGCUACCCUACCAUCAAGUUCUUCAGGAACGGUGACAAGGCCGCUCCCAAGGAGUACACAGCUGGCAGAGAAGCAGAUGAUAUUGUCAGCUGGCUGAAGAAACGCACUGGCCCAGCUGCAACUACCCUGACAGAUGCUGCUGCAGCAGAGACAUUGGUGGACUCCAGUGAAGUGGUUGUGAUUGGUUUCUUUAAGGAUUUGACAUCAGAGGCUGCAAAGGAGUUCUUGUUGGCAGCAGAAGCUGUGGAUGACAUUCCUUUUGGGAUUUCCUCCAGUGCUGAUGUCUUCACCAAGUACCAGCUUAGCAGGGAUGGCGUGGUCCUCUUCAAGAAGUUUGAUGAAGGCCGUAACAACUUUGAAGGGGAUCUCACAAAAGACAACUUACUGAACUUCAUCAAGUCUAAUGCAUUGCCUCUGGUCAUAGAGUUCACUGAACAGACUGCUCCUAAAAUCUUUGGAGGAGAGAUCAAGACUCAUAUUCUGCUGUUCCUACCAAAAAGUGUGUCUGACUAUCAACAGAAACUGGACAACUUCAAGAGUGCAGCUGGAAACUUCAAAGGGAAGAUCCUGUUCAUCUUCAUAGACAGUGACCACAGUGACAACCAGAGGAUUUUGGAGUUUUUUGGUCUAAAGAAAGAAGAAUGUCCAGCUGUACGUCUUAUCACACUGGAGGAGGAAAUGACCAAAUACAAACCUGAAUCAGAUGACCUCACAGCAGACAAGAUCAAAGAGUUCUGUAAUAAGUUCCUGGAGGGCAAGAUCAAGCCCCACCUGAUGAGUCAAGAUCUUCCCGAAGACUGGGACAAGCAGCCUGUCAAAGUUCUAGUUGGGAAGAACUUUGAAGAAGUUGCUUUUGAUGAGAAUAAGAAUGUCUUUGUAGAGUUCUAUGCCCCCUGGUGUGGUCACUGUAAGCAGCUGGCUCCUAUCUGGGACAAGCUGGGAGAGACCUACAGGGACCAUGAGAAUGUUGUCAUUGCCAAGAUGGAUUCGACAGCCAAUGAAGUGGAGGCAGUGAAAAUCCACAGCUUCCCCACACUCAAGUUCUUCCCUGCAGGCUCUGGCAGAAAUGUAAUUGACUAUAAUGGGGAGAGGACACUAGAAGGCUUCAAAAAAUUCUUGGAGAGUGGAGGUCAGGAUGGGGCAGCAGCUGAUGAUGAUCUGGAGGACCUGGAGACAGAUGAAGAAACAGACCUUGAGGAAGGUGAUGAUGAUGAGCAGAAAAUCCAAAAGGAUGAAUUGUAAAGAGAAGACUGAUCUACAUCACCCAAAAUCAGACACUAAAUUGGCUGCUGUUACGCAGCCCAGUGAGUCAGAAACCCAUUAAGAUUUAAAGCAGAAGGCGAAUGACUGGAAAUCCAGGGAUUGGCUUUUAAAGUAACACUUUACCCUCACUUGUCUGUACACUUGACUCUUUUUCUUUCUUUUUGCUUUUGCGAAGGGAUCUGUCACUAGGUAGCCAGCCCAGCCAGCUGGGCUCAUUUUUUUUUAUUGUGAUGUACUUUUUUGUACACAGCUUUUGUUUUGAAUUAUUCUGUUCUUCUGGGUAGAAGCAGAUUAUGAAGUGGUAGCAUGAGUUCAGUGGCCCAACAUUCUGGAGCCUUGCCACUAA